CCACCGUGAUGAGCAUUUUAGGAGUUUAACAUCCUGACCAGUGGGGGCAGUAAUGCACUCACCGUGCCUACUCUGCUGCACACAAAGCAGGAAGCAGACCGCCGACCCUCGUGUGCGGUUAGCUCGGAGCUAAAGCUAAAAGCAGUUUGUUAAAAUGUCCAAAAGCCAAACACUGAGAGCUUUGGUGAAUGAGCGGCUGACUGCGGCUGCUGAAGAGAUCUUUGCGCUGUUUGAAAGAACGAUAGCGGAGUAUGAGGAGGAAGUGUGUCGCUCCAAAGAGGAGAACCAGAGGAAACAGGAGCUCCUGGACUCGAUACUGAGCCCCUCAAAGAGUCCUGGCCCCGGUCUGAACCAGGACCCUCCACACACUCCACGGAUUAAAGAGGAGCCACAUGAGCCAGAGGAGCCAGAGGAGCCGAGCGUCAAACAGGAGGAACACACGCUCCUAGUUCAGGUGUCAGUGGGCGUCCCAGAGUCCAGUGCUGUUUGUGUGAAGACAGAAGAGUCCUCACUGCUUCAACAAAGACAAACUGAGCUCAGAGAGGAAACACAGGGAGAGGACAUCAGUGCAGAGACACAUUUAUACUCCUCUGACACUGAUGAUGAAGACUGGAGAGCUCCAUUCAACUGUUCAACUGCACAGAUGGAGACAGACGCUGAUGGAGACCACGACAGCCAAGUCCAGUACUUUGGUCUAUCCCCCAAAUACAAGUCUGCAUCAGAGACCAGUGCCACUGUGAACAAUGCAGACAUGUCAGGAACAGCAGAAGGAGCUGAGGACAAGAAGCACCAGUGCUCUAUGUGUCAAAAGAGGUUUGGGACUAAGUGGCAGUUACAAAAACACAUUAUCAUUCACACAGGAGAGAAACCAUUCAGCUGUUCAACCUGUGACAAAACAUUUAACCAAAAAGCUUAUUUAGAUCAACAUGAAAAGAUACACUCAGAGAAACCAUUCAGCUGUUCAAUGUGCAAGAGAUCCUUUACAACAAAUGGUGAUCUAGCUCUACAUGUUAAGAGACACCUGCGUGAAAAACCAUACAUCUGUUUAUUUUGUGAGAAAUCAUUUUCUCAAAAGGGUGAUCUAAAUAAACAUGUGAGAACGCACACAGGUGAACGACCUUACAGGUGUUUAACGUGUGAAAAGACAUUUUCCCGCAAAGAUAUUCUGGAUGUACAUGAGAGAACCCACACAGGUGAGAGACCUUACAGUUGUUCAAUGUGUGAGAAGGCAUUUUCUCACAAAUGUAGACUAAAUAUGCAUAUGAGAACGCACAGGUGAACGACCCUACAGAUUUUCCAUUUGUAAUAAAGGGUUUAUACAGAGACAUCAUUUGAAUAUUCAUAUGAGAACUCACAGAACAGAGUGUGACUGAAGGAUUAUUGAUUGUGUUCAUGAGAUAUUUUAAAGAAAAAUAUCUCUGUUUUGGAGUUUGCUGUUGAUGAUUCCAAAUACAGAUGUUUGGCCCAGAUCAGCUCUUGUAUCUGAUUUUGAACCAUAACAGAAAAACAACUCUGUGAGAGUCACAGUCAGCUGCUUCUACACUUUUACAACACACUGCAUGAUGUAAAGGCUUUUCUUCUGAACUACAAGAAAAGCUGGUGUUGAUUUGGACUGAUUCUCUUCAUAGCUGCAUUGCACCGAAGCAAGUGGUAGAUUUUCAUGUUGUAAGUGUUUAAGUUUAUUUGUCUUUUGUGUGUAACACUCGAGUAGACAUUUUUCAGAAAAUUAUCUUGCAUGUCCUCAAAAUAUCUUCAAGUACAAUAUUGUAAGAGUUUUUAAGUACCAAUACGUCUCAAUACAAUGCAUUUCUAUUAAACUUUGAUCAAUCAUUA